AUGGGCAAGCCAUGGAUCCUGCCCAGCAUCCUCAAAUCCAUUACAGGAACACCUCCCCCGUGCACAGAAGGCAAUCGGGAAAAGUCAACAAGCCCCCUCAUCCGGUCUAUCCACUAUGCCUUCGACCCCGUUCCCUCCGAUCACGACGUCCCCACCUCAUCCGACUUCUUCCCUCAACUCCGCGAAUGCCUCCAACACCCCCCACACGAUGAAUGCGUCUACAUCCAGCCCACAGACCUCCGAGUCCCAUGGCCAACCUCAUUCCCUGCAGCUGUACAAUGCAAACACUGGCAGGAAGUCGAGCAAUCCGCCCGCGAACUGUUGGACGAGAUUGUCUCCGAGAUACAGAAAGAGGCCCAGAGCCGCUCACAAAGUCAAGAUAAGAGUGGUGGUCGUCUGCUAAGUACACAGCUUGGAGCAUCGCCGGAUGCUCUUCCACAGAAGAAGUUGCAUGAGGUGCUUGAGACGGCGGUGACGGGGACUAUUUAUAUGUUUCCGGCGGCGAAUGUGGCGCGUGCGAGGAUCAUGGCCAAGGCCAUUUUGUUGAUUUUCUUGCAUGAUGAUGUGGUGGAGGCACAUGACGGGUCUGAUGCUGGAGAAACCUUUCUGGAUCUACUUCUACAAUCGGACCGGUUACCGCAAACACCCCCACCUGAAGGAGAUACUGAGCCAGGUCUCCCCUGGAGACAACGUAUUCUGCGCGAAUUCGUGAACGAAGUCUUGACCGAAGAUCCCAUCUCAGGGCUGGAGCUCCUCCAGGGCCUGAAGAUCUGGUCUCAACAUACCCGCUCGCAUAUCCUGAAAGACCAAGACCAGAUGGCAAACUACACAAACCUCCAAGACUAUGUAGAAUACCGCAUGGAUGAUCUCGCCGCUGACUUCGACCACGCGGCCAUACAUUUCACCACCAACGUCCACCCCACUGAGACCGAAAUAGCCGGCCUCUCCACCAUUCGCCGUCUAUACCUCAUCCAUGCCUCCUUGACCAACGACCUGUACAGCUAUGCCAAGGAGCUCCAUGACCUACAAACUCGUGGCUGCACCAUGAUCAACAGCGUCCGUGUGCUGCAAAAUAACAUGAUGGUCGGGGAUGACACGGCGAAGGGAAUCCUGCGCCGCAUUCUGCUUGAUGUAGAACGUCAGUUGCAUGCUGAGCAGCAGCGCCUGAGGAUGGAUGCGGCGACUACAGAGACGCAGAAUAUCAUUGCUCAGGCGGUGGUGCAGAGCUUGGCAGGCAAUUUGUUCUAUUCUGCUACUACGUAUCGGUAUGCGAGGGUUGUGGAGGGGGCGAAGUUGGAGUAG